AACGUUCGCUGCACAAACUUGCUCACUUUAUUUUCUAUGCUGUAGCGAGACGAACGGUGGUGCGAGUUUUUCGUUCCACGAAAGUUAUCUUGGUUGAUUGUGAGUGGUGCGAGCGCGGAGGAACACCUCUAAUUUUGCGCAAGUGUGUUUCGGGGCGGAGAAGCAGUUUUCAGCGAUCAAAAUGAAAAUCUGGACCUCAGAGCACGUAUUCAAUCACCCGUGGGAAAAGGUGGCUCAGGCUGCCUGGCAAAAGUACCCGAACCCAAUCAAUACAGCGGUUAUCGGCACGGAUGUGGUCGAGCGGCGGGUUGUGGACGGUGUGUUGCAUACGCAUCGUCUCGUCAGUUCCAAAUGGUAUUUCCCACAGUGGGCACAGAAGCUAAUUGGAUCUCCCAAUGUGUGUUACGCUCGCGAGCAGUCCACGGUGGACCCGUCAAAACGACUGAUGACCCUCAAAACCAUCAACCUGACCUUCGGUAGCUUUCUGUCGGUGUACGAGACGGUCAGCUACGUGCCACAUCCGACCGAUCCGAGCAAAACGCUACUCAAGCAGGAAGCCACCGUACAGGUCGAAGGUGUGCCCCUGAAUCGGUACAUGGAAGAUGUUCUCACGAAGAAUAUCAGCACGAACGCGGGCAAGGGUCGCCAAGGGCUCGAGUGGGUGAUAGGGAAGCUAAACUCGGAGGUAAAAGAAUUGGCUACCUCGGCAGCUAGUAGCACGAACGAAAUCCUCACCCAGACGAAAAAGUCCUUGGACGAUAUCACGGACCAAGCGCGGAAGAGUAUGGAUGAGCUCAGUGCGACGGCCCAAAAAAUCCACAUAUAGUAACAAACGUUGCACGGCAUCUACCAUCAACACAACAAAUACAGCUGCCAGCAGCGGGGCCACAUCUUCCUCGAAGAUGGGGCAAACUACUAGAAGUGGAGGGCCAUCCGUACCUUCCAGUUCAGCUGUUUUCCACAACAACAACAACAACAGUACACGAUCCAAGAAUUCUACUGCUAGACAAUUCAAUUCUGCGACAUCUUCUAACAACAACAACAAUAACAACAGUACAACACAAAAACCAUCUUCAACUGCAUCCGCAUCGGCUAGUAAUGUAAAUCCCCCCGUUGAUUCAUCGUCCUGAUUGCGGGCGAAUCAGUUUUCGACGUUUUUUUCUUUUUCGUUUUUUCUAUCGAUUUAUCCCACCUCUCCCAGCUUUUUGCAUCUAUGAUAAUUGCAAAUAUUUAUUAUAAUAGUUUUAGUAAAUCGCCUGUACAAAUAUCGAAAUAUCAGAAGUUUCUCUCUACUGAUUUGGAGUCAUCCCGUGCACAAAAAAAAAAACACGCUGAUAAAUAUUUAGAUUGCGUUCAAUUGCCUUCUGUUUUAUUGUUUCGCAGCCCCAUACAGUUCCUACCAUCGAAGCCUAUAUUUAACGACGAAGACACGAACUCUAUUAUCAUCUCACACAUCGCUAUGUAGAUUAAUGUUAGAUGUAAAUUAGGUCUGCACUUAGGAGGAAAUCAAUGAUGCUACUCUCUGUAAAUAAGCUCAUCGGUAGUUAUUCGAAAUGUAUUGACGUGAUUCACUUAGCAUUAGACCAACAACUGUUAGUAUUAUGUAGGCAAUGUUUUCAAAUCUGUUUUUCCUCUGAGUUUGUCUCGAACGGGAGGCAAGGUGCUGACCAAUAAUAGAUGACCAAAUGACAAAGCCAUUGGUUGGGAGAGGUCGGUUAAACCGUUCAGAAGAAUAUAGCCGGUUCUAUAGGUGUUUGAGCAGGAGGUUUCCGACUGUCGACAGUAAAAUGAGUCGAACAAUUAUGCCGUAAAGUAACACAUUCCCAUGUAAAGAGAGAUAGAUUUCAUACGUAACAAAUUAUGACGCACUGGAAACACGCAAUGGGGUAGUGAGGAUCAAGACAACUUUUGUUUUUCGGUAUACAUUUGAAAAUCGGAGUUUAUUGUUCAGAUGAUAAACGAAGCGUUAUGCUUGUAAGUGUAGUAUUUAUUCGAAAUAUCAGCCAAUAUUAGAUAGCGUCAACAACCAUCGGUAAAUAUGAAUCAUAAGUCGUACCAUUUUGUCAGUUCGAUUGUUGUAAUGUUUCAGAAGAGAAUUUAAUGCACAUGCAAGCGUGUGAAUAGCUUGAGUUCUUCA